UCACAUGAUCUUAACGUCAACGCGUCGGCGCCGGCCGAAAGCACGCCCUCGGUUUCCGUGGGCUCGCGUUUAUGCCUUAGGUGCCUUUUCCCCCUCACUGUGUUGUGGCGUGUGGGGUGUUUUUUCCCAGACUCCCGGGGCCUGCUUUGGGCUUUCGCGAUGUACCACAACAGUAGCCAGAAGCGGCACUGGACUUUCGCCAGUGAGGAGCAGCUGGCGCGACUGCGGGCGGACGCCAACCGCAAAUUCAAAUGCAAAGCGGUGGCCAACGGGAAGGUUCUUCCAAAUGAUCCAGUCUUUCUUGAGCCUCAUGAAGAAAUGGUGCUUUGCAAAUACUAUGAGAAGAGAUUAUUAGAAUUCUGUUCGGUGUUUAAGCCAGCAAUGCCAAGGUCUGUUGUGGGUACAGCUUGUAUGUAUUUCAAGCGUUUCUAUCUUAAUAACUCAGUAAUGGAAUAUCACCCCCGGAUAAUAAUGCUCACUUGUGCAUUUUUGGCCUGCAAAGUAGAUGAAUUCAAUGUAUCUAGUCCACAGUUCGUUGGAAAUCUGCGGGAGAGUCCUCUUGGACAAGAAAAGGCACUUGAACAGAUUUUGGAAUAUGAACUACUACUUAUACAGCAACUUAAUUUCCACCUUAUUGUCCACAAUCCAUAUAGACCGUUUGAGGGCUUUCUCAUUGAUUUAAAGACUCGCUAUCCCAUGAUGGAGAAUCCAGAGAUGCUGAGGAAAACAGCUGAUGACUUUCUUAAUAGAAUUGCAUUGACGGAUGCUUACCUUUUAUACACACCUUCCCAGAUUGCCCUGACUGCCAUUUUAUCUAGUGCCUCUCGAGCAGGAAUUACUAUGGAAAGUUAUUUGUCAGAAAGUCUGAUGCUGAAAGAGAACAGAACUGGCUUGUCACAGUUACUAGAUAUAAUGAAAAGUAUGAGAAACUUGGUAAAAAAAUAUGAGCCACCCAGAUCUGAAGAAGUUGCUGUUCUGAAACAGAAGCUAGAGAGAUGUCACUCUGCUGAGCUUGCCCUUAAUGUAAUUACGAAGAAGAGGAAAGGCUAUGAAGAUGAUGAUUAUGUCUCUAAGAAACCCAAACAUGAAGAGUACAAAGGCAGAGCUCAGCAGCGGAGAUGGAGACUGAAGGCCUGCAAACCCUAAAAUAUUUAUUAUCUUGCCCUUAAAAGAAAAGUUUGCCAACCGUUACAGGAUGAUGCAAGAGUGAAAUACACUAUCUCCACUGCAUCACACUUUGUUGGUUUGUGUUUGUUUGUUUUUUUUUAACUGUGUUACCAAGUGUUGCAGCAUCUUUCAAAAAAGUGUAAAAAGCCCACCUGUUAUCUUAUUAGUUUUCAUUGAGCACAGCCCAGAACCUUUGAUUUUCCACUAAUAUCAAAGAGAAAAAAAUUGACAUAGAAGAUGUUUGACAAUUAUUAAAAGAAUCAAAAGAUGAAUACAAAGAGGCAGCAGCACUUUGUGAUCUACUGUGAUGGUAAAAUUCAUUUUUGAUAAGCAAAAAUCUCAGACUGCAAUUCUUCAAAUGACAGU